AUGUGCAGCGGCAGCGCUGGCGACGUCAUGGCUGGGGUGUAUGGCGGCAUCUCUGCCGUCAUCAAGCUGCUGGGGCCCGACAGCGCUGGGCUGAAGGCGUUUGACCGUGAGGCGCGCAGCUACUCUCUGCUGCGCCAGGAGCAGGGCGAGGUGGUGCCCGAGCUGCUGGGCACAGGCUGGUACCCGCUGGCCGGUGUGCGCUACCUGGCGGUGCGCCGCAUCCAAGGCAGCCCCCUGUCGGGCCUGCCCGCCAUCCCGCCAGCAGUGGCAGCUGCUGCAGUGAGGGCCCUGGCGCGCGUCCACCGCGCCGGCGGCCCCGGCUUCCUGCACGGCGACGUGCGCCUGCACAACAUCUUGCUCGAGGAGGAGGCCGCAGCAAGCAGUGACGGGAACCCCAGGUGCUUCGUCAUUGAUUUUGGGCGGGCAAGCGAGGGCGGCAGCAGGGCGCAACAGCGUCGGGAAGUCGAGGAGCUUCAGGUGCUGCUGGCGCGCCGCUCUGCUCCCUGCGGCUGA